UGGUUCAGGUCCCAUAUCAGGUUCCGGCUGAGUUUGCCAGGAACAAAAAGAGGAGGAGGGCACAGAGGUUUGGGGGAAGGAAGUAUAAGGGUGAUAAGAGACGCACAGAGGCUUUUCCCAAUCAGACUGGUCAGGGCAGUCUGCACAGAUGGAAGCGCCGAUAGUCGAACCCACCCGGGUGCUUGAACCCACGGUGGUUGUCGAACAGACUGAAGAGGGCAAAGCACAGCUAGCCAGUAAGAAUGGCAAGAAGCCUGAGGGAGCAGGUGGAAGCUCCUUCUUCACCUGGUUCAUGGUGUUGGCCCUCCUGGGGGUCUGGACCUCCGUGGCCGUCGUCUACUUCGACCUGGUCGACUACCAAGGCACCAUCGCCAAGGCAAAGGACAUGCACAGUACCCUCUCUGAGACACUGCAAGGUAAACUUUCGUCCUAUGACGCCGACGGAGAUGGUGACUUCGAUGUGGAGGAUGCUAAAGUAUUACUAGAUGAACCUCGACGCGAUCGGAAAAGAGCGAGACACAGAGUUGAAACAGAAUCUCCAAAAACAAAGUUCAAGAAAAAUAAGGCGACAGAAGAUGAAAAGCCAAGACAUGCUGCCAAGAGAGAAGCCCAAAAAGGACUGAAAGAGAAGGCUACUGUCGACAUUAGCAGAGAGGGAGCACCAGAGGAGGCUCCUGCAGCACCUGUGGAAGAAGAACACGUUGUUGAAGAAGUGAUCGAGGCCGCCAAAGCAGAGGAAGCUGCUGCUUUCCCACCAGAGCCUGAGGUUGUUGAGGAGGAAGAGCCUGAGGUGGAUGUGCCUGAAAUCUUUGAGGAAGAGCCCGAAGUUCUGGAGGAUGAUUUUUCUCCCUUCGAGGAGCAUUCUUUUCCCUUCAAGGAGGAUUCUGCUCACUUCGAGGAGGAUGAGCCUCAAAUGGAGGAGGAUGAGCCUCAAAUGGAGGAGGAUGAGCCUCAAAUCGAGGAAGAGCCCGAAGUACUGGAGGAUGAGCCAGAGGAUGAGGAGGAGGAGGAGGUUAUUGAGGAGGCCGUACCAGUUGAAGAAGAGGCUGCCCCUGUGGAGGAGGUAGUUGCCACUGUAGAAGAGACCUUCGAGGAAGAGGCUGCCCCCGUUGAGGAAGAGGUUGUAGAGGAAGCCGCCCCAGUCAAGGAGGAAGCCGCACCUGAGGAUGAAGAAGAUGAACCUGUUGAGGAGGUGGUUGAUGAAGAGGCCACACCUGAGGAGGAAGAGGAUGCACCCGUUGAAGAGGAAGCCGUCCCAGUUGAUUGGGAAGUCGCUGCCGUGGAACAGGCUGUUGAGGAAGAGGCCAACCCCGCAGAAGAAGAGGCUGCACCAGUUGACGAGGAAGCUGUGGAGAAGGAGCCAGCUGCAGAGGAGACAUUGGAAGAGGAGGCAGCACUAGCAGAAGAGGAAGAGGUAGAAGAAGAAGAAGCAGCAGAAGAAGAAGAGUCUGAACAGGAAGUAGAAGCUGAAUCAGAAGAAACUCAAGAGGAGGAAGCUCUUCAGGAAGAGCUUCCAGAGGAGGUAGAUGAAUUUGAUGAGCCAUUUGAGGAGUUCACAGAAGAGCAUACCGAAGUAGAAGAACAGAUUGAAGAUGCACCAACAGAAAGGUAGAGCCUGCGGUCUCAGCGCAGUAAGACGGAGCGAGGACCAGCCCACUGAGCACGUGCAGCCGUGCUUCCCCACCUCCAGAGAAAGAGUAGCGUUGUCUCCGUUUUUUCACUCACACACUCAGAAUUACGUUUUUCUUCCAUUAGUGUAAAAUCUCACUGUUCCAUUACUUGUUUGAUUAGUAUGUUGUUUUUCUCUCUUGCCUUUUUGUUUUCUUUUCUGUUCUACUUUGUUUCCACGUUUUUUAGUUUAAAGAAUUCCCAUUUCCUGUAAUGGAAAGUAUCAUGUGAUCAUGUGAGUUGUAGGUUGUUUUUCCUUUCCUGUGUAUAACAAGCAGAGGCACGUGUUGCUUUGCUAGUGAAAGAUCUUCACAUGUCUGAACCGAGUUCAGCAGUGUGCUUUCACCCUGUUGAAUCGUGGGUCAGAACUUCAACAUUUUUUAUGUUUUUUUUGUUAAGCGUGAAGGUAUUAUGCAAAGCUGCACUGAUCUUUCGUGGCAAUUUCACUCUAAGUUUUGUAUUACCAGUAUGUAGUGAGUCUACUACACGUGGAAGGUAAACUCGGACAAGUCAGGUGACGUGUUGGGCGAGUGUGUGUGUGCUUUAGUGUGUAUGACUGAGAAUGUGUGUAGAUGUUUUGUGUGUGCGUGCGACUGUGUGUCUGUAGACAUAUCGCUUUGGAAAACAAUCCCUAUUAGCCGUAGUUCUCAUUAAGAUGUGUUUGAGACUCUUCCUCAUUUCAUUUUUGUUUGUUCCAACUCCUAGUACCUCUCACUCUGAUAUUUCUUAAGUACUGAAAGUGUUUUUGACUCACUCAGGCCUCGAGCCACAACAAGUGAACAUCUUUUUGUAUUUCUUAGGAUCUAUGGGAACACAUUUAUUUUCCAGCAAUGCGAGUUUUAUUUUAUUGAAACUUUCUUUUGUCACUUUUGGACAGUAUUUCGGUUGGAAGUAAACUCUCCAAAUGGAAGAUAUGUUGGCAUAUGUUAUUUUGUUCUGGGAAAAACAGAUACAAAAACAACACAGGGAGAUGAGGGAAGGGCAGGGUGUCCAAGUAUAUGGUCGUAACUCUUAGGUUUAGCUGAGUGUGGAUGUAGCUGCUCUGGGCUAACGGUCUGACACAACCCCACCCAGUCUCCUGGUGAAACAGGCACUCCUGACUGCUGUGCAGUGUGUGUCCCAGGUCCUCCCAAUAGGUCUGCCACACACACACACACCUGGUCCAACAGGAAUCUGAUUCAUCCAAAUUCAUAAUUCAAUACACUUAAACAAAAAAGUCUGCGUCAACAAGCCCCUAAAACCAGCUGUAACCAACUGCUCAAAGAGAAAUGCUGUAGUACGUCUAGAAUGGAACGUGACUGUGUAACCUGUUAACUAAUAUCCUAACCACACCCAACUCGAAUUUGGCUAGCAUUUACUAUUGACGUUAUUGUCAUUAAGGUUGUCAUUGUUGUUUUUACUACAAGGACAAUGCUAGCUCGUGAUCUGGACUUGAGGCUGGAGGGUUAAGAUCAUGUUUAUUAUUUUGAAGGAGUUACGUGUUUAGUCUGUGUUCAAACUCCUCCGUAAUGUUUCUGUGAAUUCAAAUUGGUGUGUUUUAUUUUUUAAAUCUUUCCAUUGUAGCAGUUUUCUGUGCAUUGUGGUAUUAAGGGGCCAGAUGAUAUGAUGCUGAUUUAAUGUGAUGGACUGUAGGAAAUGCUGCAAUGCAAAUCUUUUCUGGGGGGUGGACGGUUUGUUUUGACAUAUAAAACAAGUCAAGUGGUUGCAAUAUAGUUUUUAGUACAUAUUUUGUCUUUUUUCUAUAACACUAAUGGGUAUUUUUCUAUUCCCUAACACUUUUGAAGUUGAUGUGAAUUUUUAACGUGGUGUUAAUUUUACAUUAUACAAAACUUUACGAGAUCUGUUCUAGAUUUUUAAAUAAAAAUACACUUUCUAGGAUCAAAACUAUUUUUCUGAAUUUUAAAGAAAGUGUUCAACUUUUUUGAAAGCCAUACGUGAAAGGUGGGCACUGCUGUUCAGAACAGACUUGAUUAACUCCAAGGGGAAGCCAUUGCACAACUAGCAAUAACAGAAAACAUCACUACAAUCUCAAAUUGCAGUUCACAUAUGAACAGAAGUUCACACACAGAAAAACAUGUCAGAGGUUUACGUAGUAUCCUGCUGUACAGGCUAAAAGGUUUUUAAAUGAUUGUGAAAAUGCAUCCUGUAUGCAGGGUUGGAUGACUGUCACAGUUUCUGUAAAUGUUCUGUUGAGGGGCUGCAAUAAAGGUUUGGGACAACA